GUUUCAUUCUGUUUUAUUAAAUACUUUUGACUUUAUAAUGAGAAUGUAUUUGUUAUUCAUUUUAGUAAAAGCUACGCAUGAAUCUCUACCAUGUCCGGACGCUGCGGCUUUGGAAGCGUUUUGUGCGGUGAUGAAGGACGCUGCGGAGGGUGCGCAGCUGGCGGCACAAGCUCUAGCGGCCCGCAUACACACUCCAAAUGCUCGGGAGGCUCUGCUCGCUCUCUCAAUGCUUGAUCGCUGCAUGCGACGUUGUGAUGCCGGCUUCCACGCAGAAGUCGGCAAAUUUCGCUUCCUUAAUGAAAUGAUUAAGUUAGUUUCGCCUAAAUAUUUUGCUGAUCGAACUUCACCUGAAGUACGGACAAGGGUUUUACAAUUACUUCAUGCAUGGUCAAUUGAAUAUCCAAAGGAGUCUAAGUUUAAAGUGGCAUAUGAUAUGCUGAAGAACCAAGGUGUGGUGAAAGAGACGCCUCCUCCCUUACCUCCUGAAGAUGUGGUGCCUCCUCGAAAUAGGGCUAAGAAUGCAAUCUUUGAGGAUGAGGAAAAGUCUAAGUUAUUACAAAAGUUGCUACAGAGCAAAAAGCCUGAAGAUCUCCAACAUGCCAACAGGCUUAUCAAAACUAUGGUUAGGGAAGAAGAGCGUCGUAAUGAAGAGAGCAGUCGUCGUGCCCAAGAAGUGGGGAAUGCUUUAGAUAGCGCGGAACUCCUUAAGGAACUGCUUGCGAACGCCGAAGAUGCGUCACCAGAGGAAGAACAGUUGAUACAUGAGCUCCACAUGUCUUGUGGGACCCUCCGCCUGGCACUCCAACGCUUGGCUGCCUCCGAGUCCCAACCUGAAUGUCUCAAUGACAUACUACACGCGAGCGAAGUUUUGGACGAAGUCUUCGAAAAGUACGACGCCUAUUCUAAGUAUACGAAGGAGAAGAAGAAAAAUCCAAAUGCCAAAGUUUCAAGUACGGAUCAAGCGCAAGGUUCAAACAGUGACAGCUUGCUGGACUUCGCCGGUAACUCGGGGAAGGGAGACGAUGCCACAGUGCAACCUAGCACUUCCAAAAGUACUGCAAUUGAUGAAUUAGGAGAUAUAUUCUCGACUGGAAGCGAUGCUAGCAUUGUGGAACCUCUAAAACCUGUCAACUUGAUGCCUAGUGAGGACGUAGACCUUUUAGGAGACAAACCGAGUAAAGCUGAAGGCUGGAAUGAACUGGAUUCACUUGGAGAACAACUCAUCAAACAGUCCCUACCUGACCAUAUCAAAAGGCUGGAAGGAUUUAAUAGUAAAAUAUCCAAGAAAAUACCAAUGAACGCGUUAUCAUCGCCCAAACACGAGGUCCAACAAACAACAACAACUAACGGCGCACUAUUCGACUUAGACUUCUUUACCAAAAAGUCGGAGGAACAUGCCAAACCUGCAGAGCCAGCGAAGGUGCUGAGCAAGCCACCAUCACCGCCUGAUGACGUCAUCGUAGACAUCACUGACGGACCUAGCACCUCAGGCGUACUGACAACAAACCUCACAGAAUCCCCCAUUGAUAAAAUAUUGGACUUAGGUAUAUCUCUAGAAGAAACCAAACCUAAGAAUGCUUCCCCCACUGAAAGUAUCGAAUCGACCGAUGAAAAGAGAGAAAAGACUAAAACUGAAGUGAAACCGUUGACGGAUAUAGAUGUGUCCUUGUCUAACGUAACCCCAGGCAAUGUUCCUCCAAUGACUAUAUUUGAGGAGGAAAACGGUCUGACAGUAGUGUUACACUUCUGCAAAGAUAAACCAAGGCCUGACGUCAACGUUGUAGUGAUAUCUACGACGAACAAAAAUAAGAAGCCUAUUAUAGAUUUUAGGUUUCAAGGUGUGGUUCCUAAGUGCUGUAAAGUUCGCCUGCUUACGCCGUCGGGGACGACUCUGCCCCAGUACAACCCAUUUCUGCCGCCGCCAGCCAUCACUCAGGUCAUGUUGAUAGGCAGGCCUGCUUCCAAGCCACCAGUCGACCUUCGCUUCGUCAUCUCUUACACGUGUGAUGACGACACUUGCUCAGAAAUCGGUGACGUCAAAGAUCUGCCGCUAGACCAAGUAUAGUGUGUUCAUUAAACAUCAAUCCAUAGUUAUCAUCGCUGAAUGCUUUAUUAUGUACCGGAUUUAAAGCUUUGUAACGGUGAUACCGAAUGAUUCUCAGCGUCAGUAGGAUAACUAUCAAGUACAGACAAACGUACUUUGUUUAUUUUUGACUGAGUGAUAUGUAUAUUAUAAAAUUUCGUGUAAUUGAAUGUAUGUAUAAUUGUUUCUAGUCGAGAAUUUUAUUAUUGAAUUAUAAUUAUCGGAAAAAGCAUUUAUUUAACAUUCCAUUAUGUACUUAUUGUAUUCAAUUAUAUUGUGUACUUAUUAGGUCUCAUUUUUACAAGUUGUGAUUAUAAAGUGAAAUCGUUAGGAAAAUAAAAGCAUUGCAGUGUUUACUGAGAUCUGUAACUAGCACAGUAUUAUAUUAGUAUAUUUGUAAUAAAGGAAGGUUGGGGGCGUACUUACUGUGUAUCUUAUGUUGCAACCGUAUGUACAAGAAUUAGGAUAAUGUUUGUGUUGAAGCACCACCAUGAACCGUAAAGUGCAAUAUAACCCUACAAUAAAUGUUUUAUGUUAUUUUCAAAUGUGUAAUUAUAUAUUUUCUCCAUCCAUUAGCUUGGUAACAAAUAAACUAAGCUUCAAUAUUUUGUAUAUUAUGUGAUCGGCACUAAUAUCUUAUUUAUUAAAU